UUUUAAAAAAAAAAAAAUUUUGAAAUCCGCAAAAUAUUUCAUGUAAUUGAUCAUUGUAAAAUGGAGAAAAAUGGCUUUCUCCUUUUUCUCCUUAUAAAAAAUAUUCAUUUUAUUUCUGUAAAAUGAUAUAGUCUUCGGAAUCAUCAUAUUCUGCUUUUUCUUAUAUAUACAGGGACUGAUUAAAAAACACAGAACAAAAAAAUAUUACAGAACAAAAAAAGAAAAAUUCUCAAAAUAUAAUAUUUUGCAAUGAAAUAUAUUUUCUUGUUUAUCGUUCUUAUUUGUACCAUCCAUCUGACAGUUCAUGCAUCGCCUCUCCAUGAGGUUAGAACUAGCCUUCUCAUGAAACGUUGUACACAUGGUGGCGGACUUGGAGAUUGUAAUAAAGGAGAAGAGUGUUUUUUUGAUGAUGAUUGCGCGCCGGGUCUUUAUUGUGAUAACAAUGCUAUAUGCCAAUGAAUUUUUGAGUUAAAUUAUUACAUACUCUAAGUAGAACAAGGUCUUUGGGAUUCCAACGUCCGUUUUGAACAGGGAAUAUAUUUUGUUGUUUACUAAUGUAUUAGUUAUUUUACUUUUUACUUUUUUUCGCUGUAAAGAAAUUAUAUCUAUAAUUUUUUUUAAUUAAUAAAUAUUUCUAUCAUGCAAAUAUUGCAUUCUUGACCUUAUACGAUUUACUUUCUUGACUAGUGUAUACAUUGACGGUCAAAGUAAUGCAUCGCCGAAAUGAAAAAUGGUGAUCA